UGGGGGAUCCUCUUGCACUGGUGGGUGGAGAGAAGCGCCUGCAGCCAACCAGGGUCAGGCUGUGCUCACAGCUUCCUCUGGCGGCAUGUAAAGGCUCCACAAAGGAGUUGGGAGUUCAAAUGAGGCUGCUGCAGCUGGCCUGAGGCUGGACCCUGAGCCCUGAGUGCUGCUGCCAAGCCCCCGCACUGCAGAGCAUGGCACCCAGGCAGCCUCCCACCCGCCCUACUGCGAGUGAGAGGUGCAGGUUGUGAGCGGCCCGAGCAGGACCCGGCCCGCCCCAUCCCGGUCCCGGCCGGAGCCCUGCAGCAGAGGCAGAGCCGGUGAGCCCAGGGAGGCAGGGCUCGGCAGCCAGUGCAGACUGAGCCUCCGGACCCUCUGGAGGCCAUGGACAGACUGACCCGCUGACGGCCGAGGUGAGGCAUGUGAGGAGCUGCCCCGCAAGUCAAAAAGGAGGGCAGAGGCUUUCAUACAUUCUGCUCACAAACAACAACCACCAUUUUGCAAGGACCAUGAGGUCCCUGUGCGUGACGUGCUGGUGGCUGGGACUGGUGGCUGCGAUGGGAGCUGCUGCAGGCCAGGAAGAUGGUUUUGAGGGCGCCGAGGAGGGCUCCCCGAGAGAGUUCAUUUACCUAAACAGGUACAAGCGGGCGGGCGAGUCCCCGGACAAGUGCACCUACACCUUCAUUGUGCCGCAGCAACGGGUCACGGGCGCCAUCUGCGUCAACUCCAAGGAGCCCGAGGUGCUCCUGGAGAACCGAGUGCACAAGCAGGAGCUGGAGCUGCUCAACAACGAGCUGCUGAAGCAGAAGCGGCAGAUCGAGACGCUGCAGCAGCUGGUGGAGGUGGACGGCGGCAUCGUGAGUGAGGUGAAGCUGCUGCGCAAGGAGAGCCGCAACAUGAACUCGCGCGUCACGCAGCUCUACAUGCAGCUCCUGCACGAGAUCAUCCGCAAGCGCGACAACGCGCUGGAGCUGUCCCAGCUGGAGAACAGGAUCCUCAACCAGACGGCCGACAUGCUGCAGCUGGCCAGCAAGUACAAGGACCUGGAGUACAAGUACCAGCACCUGGCCACGCUGGCCCACAACCAGUCAGAGAUCAUUGCGCAGCUCGAGGAGCACUGCCAGAGGGUGCCCGCCGCCAGGCCCGUCCCCCAGCCGCCCCCUGCAGCCCCGCCUCGGGUCUACCAGUCGCCCACCUACAACCGCAUCAUCAACCAGAUCUCCACCAACGAGAUCCAGAGUGACCAGAACCUGAAGGUGCUGCCACCCCCUCUGCCCACCAUGCCUACCCUCACCAGCCUCCCGUCCUCUACAGACAAGCCAUCGGGCCCCUGGAGGGACUGCCUGCAGGCCUUGGAGGACGGCCAUGACACCAGCUCCAUCUACCUGGUGAAGCCGGAGAACACCAACCGCCUCAUGCAGGUGUGGUGUGACCAGAGGCACGACCCCGGGGGCUGGACUGUCAUCCAGAGGCGCCUGGACGGCUCUGUCAACUUCUUCAGGAACUGGGAGACGUACAAGCAAGGGUUCGGGAACAUCGACGGCGAGUACUGGCUGGGCCUGGAGAACAUAUACUGGCUGACGAACCAAGGCAACUACAAGCUGCUGGUGACCAUGGAGGACUGGUCGGGCCGCAAGGUCUUUGCAGAGUACGCCAGCUUCCGCCUGGAGCCCGAGAGCGAGUACUACAAGCUGCGGCUGGGGCGCUACCACGGCAACGCGGGCGACUCCUUCACCUGGCACAAUGGCAAGCAGUUCACCACCCUGGACAGAGACCAUGACGUCUACACAGGAAACUGUGCCCACUACCAGAAGGGAGGCUGGUGGUACAACGCCUGCGCCCACUCCAACCUCAACGGGGUCUGGUACCGCGGGGGCCACUACCGUAGCCGCUACCAGGACGGCGUCUACUGGGCUGAGUUCCGAGGAGGCUCCUACUCGCUCAAGAAGGUGGUGAUGAUGAUCCGGCCCAACCCCAACACCUUCCACUAAGCCGCGGCUGCCUGACCUCCCGAGGCGGGGCCCGCCCCGGCCACACUGUGGGCGCGACGAGCAGCUCCAGCCGGCUCGACCUGGGGCUGGGAGGACUAAGACGCUGGCUCCUGUUUUCCUGAGUCCCAGUGGCGGACAACAGAGCUGAACCAAGACAGUGUUCUCGGUCCCGCCUGCUCUUCUUCCCCCCAGGCCGCCCCCCCAGGUCUCCAGGACAAGACUGCAGACAAAGCUUUCUUUACAUACGUUGAGUCCCUCCGAUAAAAGCAACAGCAAGAUACCUUCCUGACAUAUGUGUGUAGGAGCCUCCCUUACACACGUGUGUGCACAGCCCCUAGGCGUGCAUUCGGGUUGUCACGUGACAGGACUAGAUACCCCGAGAGGCCAGCCUUACUCCCCUAAGUGCACACGGACUCCAUCUCAGAUGCCUGAGCUGCCGGACAGCGCUGCUUAGGGAAGAGGAUUUCCUUAACGUUGUGCUACUUGAGCCCAAGGGCGGAUCACAGACUGUGGAGCCUGGUCUAAGAACACGACUUGGCACCUGUGAACCUGGCCAGUCUACAGUGCCAGUCUCUCAGAGGGGUUCCCAGCACCCUUCCUUAAAAACCCCUUCAGGUACUAAUCGGAUUUCAAAAUCCCCUCCCUCUCCACUUGUGCUCUUUCCCCCAUUCUCAGGACUGUCCGCCGCUCACCUACCUACCUGUUGGUUCCUCCGGCACCCCCGCAGGUGCCAUCCGGACUGGCCUCUGGCCACUCCUGUCGUUCAAGGCCCCUCGCCCGCCUACUGCUGCCUUUCUGUCCCACAGACUUUUCUUUCCAGGCCAGACUCAUCAGCCUCCGGGUGGGAACUAGGAAAGGGAAGGCCAGGCCACAGGCUACACCGGCAUGCAGAUGAUGCACUCACAUCUCGUAUCUCCCACUCGUACGCUAGCCUCAUGUCAUUUUAACCUUCACACAAAUAAUAACCUACAUCGCCAGGAGACAUUAGGUGGAAGAGGAGUCACCAGCGGAUCGCCAGGGCCCCCACGUGGCUCCAGACCAAGAUCGCAUGCUCUCGGUCCCCUUGAGUCUGCCUCUCACCCCAGACCACACAUCCCUGCGGAACAGGUGUCCCAGAACGAGAACUGGCCACGUUGCAUGAGUUACUGAGCAAUCCGGGGCUAGAGGACCUGCAGUGGGUGUGCUGCCUUGCAGCACGGUGGUUUUCCGUGUCCUGUCGGCCACCAAGCGUCAGACUCAACGCUACCAGGACUAUGGCCAAGCAAGGAACAGGAGACGAGCCAGGAAGGUGAGAGCCUCCCCAGUGGCACGAGGGUCGGGGCGUGCGAGGUGUUGGCCGUGGGUACUGUCCGUGUCUGGGCGCGUGCCUAUUACCUCAGCAUUUCUCACAAAGUGUACCAUGUAGCAUGUUCUGUGUACAUAAAAGGGAGGGUUUUCCUUAAUAUAUUCCCAGAUUAUCCUUGUAAUGCCACAACUCUGCAAUAAAGCCGUCAGCGCGA